AUGUUCCGCGCAGCAUCUCAGCGCACGAGCGCGCAUGCCGCAAAACUUCUACAACCCCAGACGAAGAGCAUCGCCCGCUCAAUAUACACCAAUAGCAACACCCGACCAACGCUGAAGCCCCAUUUCAACAAUGCAAACCCCCUCGCAAACAGCCACGGCACACGAAACCUCACAAUCCUGCAGAAAAUCAGCCGCAAAUACCGCGAAGCCUCGAAAGGAAUCUGGCGCAAGAACCCCGUCCUCAUGCCACUAGCAAUCUUCUCCAUCAUCGGCGGAGCCUUCGCAUUUGCUUACAUCUCCUAUGUGGAAGUGACGCGGGUCGCGCCGCAGUACCACAAGUUCCCGCCGCCGGUGGCAGAUGCGCUCCGCACAGCGGUUUACUACACCGAGAUUGAUCUCAACCCGGCCAAGGCGAUGAAGUCGUAUAAGGAGGCGCUGCGGACAGCAUAUGAGAUGGGGAUUCACCCAUACUCCGAUGAGAUUCUCGGGAUCAAGCUGCAGGUCGCUAUGAUGCUUGAGAAAGCUGGACUUGUGAAGCCGGCGAUUGACGUGUUGGAGCGGACGAAGAAUGAGACACUUGUGUGGGUGGACCAAGUCACUGCGGGAAAUACUGCUGCCGCUGCUGAGACGGUGAAGCAGGCGCGACAGAUCCCCGAUAAUGUCCAGGUGAACACCGAUGCAUUGCAGGGGACCGUGGAGGAUCUGAAAGCGCUGGCGGAGUACGAGGCUGUUCAGCGGGACAAGGCGCUGAAGAAAGUUGUUGGUAUUGCGAUGAAGCUCGGUGAGCUGUAUUCCAGUGACUAUAUCCAGGAUGAUAAGAAAGCCGAGGCUGCGCAAGUCGCAGCUGUGGAGAUCUGUCUGAAGGAAAUGCACCGUCGUCAGAGACUGGGACUUCCUGUUGGUAGCUCUAGCAGUGGUGAGAGCUCAGAAGGCGAGGCGUGGUUGAAUCUCACUGAGAUCGCGACGGCAUUGGCUGAGCUUGCUGCUACCUAUACCGCCAAGGAGCGAUAUGAGCUGGCCAUGCCGCUGUACAUGCGUGCGUUGGAUUUGAUCCGCGCCGCUGAAGGAACCUCCAUUUCCUGCAAACAGGUGGUGCUGCUGAAUGAUGUCGCUACUGCAUUGGUGGGCCAGGUUCAACGGCCCGCUAAGGCCCAGCCGCAACAGCCUGUUACAGCAGAGCAGACUGUUGAGGCUGCACAGAAGUGGGCGGAGAAAGCUAUUGAGGUUGCUGCGCAUAUUCAGCCGCCGAUCCGUGACGAGGAGUGUGAUAUUACUUGCGUGGUUGCGACGUAUAACCUGGGCGAACUGGCUGAGCUACAAAAGAAGCCACAAAUCGCUAAGCAGCGGUAUACUGAGGCUAAGGCGUUGGCUGAUGGAAUUGGCUACGAGGAAGGCAGUCAAAUCGCCCAGGAGGCUUUGAAGAGACUUGAAAAGAAAUAA